CGCACGCGUGACUUCUCUAUUGGUGCGGUCCCUUCCCUCUCGCGCCCUCAAAAAAUCCACACACUCCAUUCCUUCAACAGUUCCAACUUCUCCUUUGAACAAUGGCUUCUCAAAACCCUAAUCAGAGAAAUUCUCUGUAUCCACAAGUAAUCGAUUCUAACCCCGAUGCUCCGCCGCCACUCCUUAAUCCCAAUCGUUCAUCCUCUUCGCAACCCAGCCUCUACCCUUCCGUUGACUACAACGACCUCGUCCAAAACCUAUUCCCUGAGGAUGCCACCGCCGCCGGAUCCCCCUCCGCGCCACUGGAGGCCACCGAGGAGGCCCUCCUCCGGAUCCCCGGCGCGAUCCUCAACCUCAUCGACAAGGACUACAGCGUCGAGCUCGCGUGCGGCGACUUCUCCGUGAUCCGCCUCCGGCAGGGCGACAACGCCGUCGCCGUGUACGCGCGCGUCGCCGACGAGAUCCAAUGGCCGCUCGCGAAGGACGCCACCACCGUGAAAGUCGAUGAUUCGCACUACUUCUUCUCCUUCCGCGUCCCCAAGGGUUCCGAUCCCGGCGAGGAGGAAGAAGAUAUGCUCAGCUACGGCUUAACGAUCGCGUCGAAGGGGCAGGAGGGAUUACUGAAGGAACUCGACGUGGUUUUGGAGAACUGCAGUUGUUUCUCCGUGCAGAGUGUUUCGGAGAAUGUCAAGAAGAAAGGGGAGGCGCUGGAUGGUUCCGUGGCGAGGGAGGUUUCGCCGAAGGAUUUGGAGUCGGGGAAGAAGAAGGAGAUGAUGGAGGGGCGGUGCGCGGCGUAUUGGACGACGUUGGCGCCCAAUGUGGAGGAUUACAGUGGAAAAACUGCGAAGAUGAUUGCUGCAGGGUCUGGACAUGUGGUUAAGGGGAUAUUGUGGUGUGGGGAUGUGACCGUGGACAGGUUGAAAUGGGGGAAUCAGGUUAUGAAGAAGAGGAUCGCUCCUGGCUCGCAUGCUGAGGUUAGUCCUCAGACAUUGAAGCGGAUUAAAAGGGUUAAGAGAGUUACUAAAAUGACUGAGAAAGUAGCAAAUGGUUUUCUCUCUGGGGUCGUGAAAGUGUCUGGAUUUUUCACCAGUUCAGUGAUAAACUCAAAAGCCGGAAAGAAAUUUUUCAGCUUUCUACCGGGGGAAGUUCUGCUUGCAUCGUUGGAUGGAUUCAGUAAAGUGUGUGAUGCUGUUGAAGUAGCUGGAAAAAAUGUCAUGUCAACAUCAUCAACUGUGACAACUGAGCUUGUCGAUCACAGAUAUGGAGAACAAGCAGCUGAAGCAACAAGUGAAGGGUUUAGUGCUGCUGGUCAUGCUUUGGGUACUGCAUGGGCUGCUUUUAAGAUUAGGAAGGCUCUCAACCCUAAGAGUGUUCUUAAACCUACCUCCCUGGCCAAAGCUGGUGCUAAAGCUGCAGCUUCUGAAUUUAAGGCUAAAAGUUCCAAGUAAUUUAUGUCAGCAGUUCUUAAAUAUAGGUUUUGUCCUUCCUACAAUCAGAAACUGCUGCUUAUGGCUUUUCAUUACCCAUUUUUUCUCCAAGAAAAGGCAGGGGAACAUCAACGCAUGAUUUGUUGUUGUUCUUACCAUGUGAGAACCCACCAUGAUUGGUCAUGAGAUCCACAAGUUAUAUUAUAUAUAUAUAUAUAUAUAUAUAUAUAUAUAUAUAUAUAUAUAUAUAUAUAUAUAUAUAUGUAUUAUCUUUCUUUAACGAGACCAUAUCUUGAUAUUGGAGAACAUGAUAGGAUCUAAAUCUGUGUGUAUAUAUAUGUGUGUGUGCCUGUGUGUAGCAACUGUAUUUAUUGCUUGGGCUGUAAGAACUUCACAAAUUUAUGGUGAUGAAUGUUGGAAAUUAGAAUCACUGUUAGUUCUGCUCUCCCAUGAAGUGUGUUCUUUGUUGGCAUCAGUUGUUUCCGAAGUGCGUUUGUAAUCACAUAUCACUUUCACUCUUUAUGGAACCAGUGUUGUUUGUGCCACUUUUAGGUACAGACAAAUUUUGAA